GCCCGGGGCCGCGGUGACUCAGAGCCGGCACGGCCGGGGGUGAGCCGAGGUCUGUUGUUGUGGGAUUUUUUCCCCGGCAGGUUAUAAAUAGCCCCGCGCGGCGCCGUGUCACGGAAGGACACCCUGGCCGGGCGCAGCCUCCCCCGGCCGGCCGCCGCCAGCCCGCCCGCCCGCGGGCCCAGCUGCUGUAGCGGGGCCGCCUCCCGCCGGCUGUGCCCGCUCCCGGAGCGCCAGUGACACCGCUGGCCGGGGCAGCGACAGCCCGGCUCCGCGGGGACAGCCGCACGGCACCUCGGCCCUGCCCGACCUCGCUGAGGCAGCAGGGAAGAUGAAGCCGGAACGAGAUACUUUGGAUGAAUACUUUGAGUAUGAAGCUGAGGAGUUCCUGGUCUCCUUGGCCUUGCUGAUCACCGAGGGCCGGACACCCGAGUACUCCAUCAAGGGCAGGACAGAGGGCUUUCACUGCCCACCAGCACAGUCCAGUCAGCCACCAACAGCUAAGCAUGAAUGCAGCGACAAACUGGCUCAGUGUCGUCAGGCCAGACGAACCAGAUCUGAGGUUAUGCUACUGUGGAAGAACAAUAUUCCAAUCAUGGUAGAAGUGAUGCUACUUCCAGACUGUUGCUAUAGUGAUGAAGGGCCCACCACUGAGGGCARUGAUUUAAAUGAUCCUGCAAUCAAACAAGAUGCAUUGCUCUUAGAAAGGUGGAUUUUGGAGCCUGUUCCUCGACAGAGUGGAGAUCGAUUUAUUGAAGAGAAGACCCUUUUAUUGGCUGUUCGCUCCUUUGUUUUCUUCUCUCAGCUGAGYGCGUGGCUGAGUGUUUCACAUGGUGCUGUUCCCCGAAACAUCCUGUACAGGGUGAGCGCUGCAGAUGUGGACUUGCAAUGGACCUUCUCCCAGACACCCACUGAGCAUGUCUUUCCUGUUCCUAACGUCUCUCACAACGUGGCCUUGAGAGUCAGUGUCCAGUCCUUGCCCAGGCAAUCCAACUACCCAGUUUUGACCUGCAGUAUUCACACMAACCUUAGCUUUUAUGAGAAGCGAAUGCAAGAGCGUAAGUUCCAUCAGCACGGCGAUCCCAGCACUGCCCAGCAAUGCAGUGCUUCCAGUCCACAGUGUUUUCGUGGGAAACAGACAUGGACCGUGACACCUGARGGCCUACUUAAUGGAAAAAAGAUGCCUGAAUUUACUACAUCUUUCAGAAAUUUGAAACUUUAUCCAUCUACCAGRCUUGGAUCUGACUUUGGGGCAUCGCAGUCCAAAGUUCAGUGCUAUAACACUACAGCAGACAGUAAGACACAAUCUCGUGAAACACCGGUCAGAACUUUUAAAUCCUAUUCUCUAGCUGACUCCCACGUUUCCAAUGGUCAUGGCUCUCAUCAGCCCACGGGAGGAACCAAUCCUUUGAUAGGCUCUUUACUUCAAGAACGGCAAGAAGUCAUUGCAAGGAUUGCUCAGCACUUGAUUCACUGUGAUCCAGCCACUUCACCAGUUGUUGCUGAGCGUYCGUUCAGCACGCAUGAAAACAUCUCGGCUACGCCAAAAGCUUUUCGGAGUACGUUCGAAGAUGAAAACUUGCCAAGGAAAAGCAAGGAAAGCUCCCCUGUUUCUGUUGCCAACUUGGACAAUGCAGCACAGGAAGAUGGUGGUGAAGGCAAAGCCAGAGCAGUGCCAGAGGUCACUCUGCUGGAUGCCCGUGUUCCAGGGAACCACUGCGGCCGUCAGUCAGCGGGAGAGAGCAACCCCCUGAUCGAUUCCCUGCUCCAGGAGCGGCAGGAGGUGAUAGCAAGGAUUGCCCAACACUUGAUUCAUUGUGAUCCAGCUACUUCCCAUGUCGCUGGGCGUCCGUUCAAAGUGCAUGAGGCCAGUCCAGUCACUUCCAAAAUUUUCCGAAGUACGUAUGAAGAUGAAAAUUUGCUGAAGAAAGGCAAGGARCCAUCUUCUGUUUCUUUUGCUAAAUCCAACUUUCCUUUGUUAGAAGACAGUAAUAAAUUAGGGACAAAGCCAUCUGAUACUCCUAUCAGUCCUUCAAGGUUUGAUGGAGAAUCRAAGACUUCUCUGAAACUCCAAGCAAGAAGAAAAUUGGUUUUAGCAAAACCCAGUGAAGCUGUCCAAAAUGCAUUUCAUCAGACUUCAAAUAAAUCUUCUCAUGCAUUUAGUAGCAUUCACAUAUCAUCAUCAUGUAUUAAAGAAAAUAAAUCUGAAGUUCCAGAUAAAUCAGAAAUACAUUCUGGUURUGCACAGAAAGACCAGGUAACCAAUAGAAUUAAACAGGGUUCAAAUUCCAGCAWCAUUGAUGAACAGAUUUGCACAAAUAAACUUAAAGAAAGAACAGUUGUUAGUGAGAACAAUGGCACAGACARUUUUAAUAAUUUACAAAUAGAAAAAUGCAGAAUACUUGAAGGUACAAAAAAAGCAACUGUGAUGCCUGUAUCUGACUCUUUGCACAAAAAUGAGCUCAAGUGUUUAGAUAAAGACUCCAAAAAAMCAAAUAUUUAUGAGCAAAAUACUCAGCUUGUUAGUAUUGAAAAUUAUUUAAAUAAAGACCAUGACAGUUUCAAAAACAAAACCAAACAAGAUAAAACAAAAACUGCACAUGAUGAGAAUGAAGACCCAACAGGCCUCGAUUUGCAAAGCACUUCUCAGAAGAAACCUGCAGGUGACAAUGUGGUUAAGUGUGAGCGGCAGAAGAACCCAGAUGUACAGAAAGCACCAUCUCUAAAACACACAAAUACGUGGCGGAAACACAAUUUUCGAUCCCUGGAUGGAACUUCAACCAAGGCUUUUCAUCCCAGAACUGGACUGCCUCUGCUUUCAAGUCCUGUUCCUCAAAGGAAAACACAGUCUGGGUGCUUUGAUCUGGAUUCAUCAUUGCUGCAGCUGAAAUGUCUGUCUGCAAGAAGCCCACAACAAUGUAUAAACAGGGAUGGUGAUCCAGACAGCCAUGGGAAACCUUUUCUAAGUUCUAGUGCUCCACCAGUAACAAGUCUUAGCCUUCUGGGAAACUUUGAGGAAUCUGUGCUGAAUUUCCGCCUGGACCCGCUCGGGGUCGUGGAGGGUUUCACAGCAGAGGUGGGAGCCAGUGGAGUUUUUUGUCCCACGCACAUGACUCUGCCAGUUGAAGUGUCAUUCUACAGUGUUUCAGAUGACAAUGCGCCCUCUCCUUACAUGGGUGUAAUUACUUUAGAGUCCCUUGGUAAAAGGGGUUAUCGGGUACCGCCUUCAGGAACAAUACAAGUGACCUUAUUUAACCCUAACAAAACUGUGGUGAAGAUGUUUGUGGUGAUCUAUGACUUGAGAGAAAUGCCAGCUAAUCAUCAAACAUUCCUACGGCAAAGAACUUUUUCUGUUCCUGUGAGACGAGAAAUCAAGAGAUCUGUCAAUAAAGAAAACAGUCACCAGACUGAAGAAAAGCUACUACGCUACCUCAUACAUCUGAGGUUCCAGAGUUCUAAAUCUGGAAAGAUCUACCUCCACAGAGAUGUAAGGCUCCUAUUCUCUCGGAAAUCCAUGGAAGUUGAUAGCGGCGCUGCAUAUGAACUCAAAUCUUACACUGAAUCUCCAACAAAUCCUAAGUUUUCACCAAGAUGCUAGCAAACAAUGGCAAACUAAAGUAUUCAUUUUACUGUUGAGUACUCCUUGCAAGCAAAGAUUGGUAGAGACAACAGUAUAAAGUUAAGUCUGUAAAGGAAUAAAAAUGGCGCUCAAGAGAAAGAAGGUUCUGUGCGAUCCUGGACCAGUUUUUAAAAGGUUUCUGGAAUGAGCUUUGUGUAUUCCAAGUAGACUGGAAACAUACUUAAAUCUAAUCUUUUUGUACUGUUUAAAACCACUUCAUUGGAUGUGUUGCAAUAGCAAAUUCCCAAGUUAGUUUAGUGUUUACACUUUUUAUUUUAUUUUUCAGUUAUUUAAUAUUUAAUGUUUCAUUUAAUACUCAAGUGAUGUUUGUCUUUAGUGUUCUAAUGUAGCAUAAAUCCUAUGUAAAAUCAUACUAUGUAUUUUUGGCAUUAAUAUUGAAAUCUGAAAUAUAUACAGAUGUCUUUAAUCUG